AUGGGUUUCCAGGAAGAUCAUGUGAUGACAACGUAUCAUAAUCAACUCAAAGAGAAGGGGUUACCUUUCUUUGACAUUGAGUCAUUUAUUGAAGCAGUCUUGCAGUACAUGGAAGACGAAGUUAGAAAAUGUCUAGUAAAUAAAUUGGCAUUGGCUGAAGUUGAUGUUGUCCCAAGCCCAGCCAUAUCUGAUAGAAAUGAGUUGGCUUCUGACACAAACCAACAAGUAGAAUCAUCUACAACUUUAAUGGAAUUGGCAAUGACUGAAGUUGAUGUUGUCCCAAGCCAACCAAUGUCUGAUGGAACUGAGUUGGCUUCUGACCAAAACCAACAAGUAGAAUCAUCUACAACUUUAAUACAGCCUAUAGUAGAUGAAUUGGCAUUGGCUGAAGUUGAUGUUGUCCCAAGCCAACCAAUGUCUGAUGGAACUGAGUUGGCUUCUGACCAAAACCAACAAGUAGAAUCAUCUACAACUUUAAUACAGCCUAUAGUAGAUGAAUUGGCAUUGGCUGAAGUUGGUGUUGUCCCAAGCCAACCAAUGUCUGAUGGAACUGAAGUAGAAUCUACAAUAGUUGAUGAAUUGACAUUGACUGAAGUUGAUGUUGUCCCAAGCCCACCAAUGUCUGGUGAUUCUAACCCACAACCAUUAUUUGGUAGAAUAACUGAUCAAGUUGCCACUCUCCUAAAGUCAGAAGGUACAAUUAGACACAGAGUGAUUGAGUGUAAGAUUUGUAUGGAGAAUGAGAGUGAGUUAAUGUUUUUACCUUGUAAUCACAUAUGCACUUGUUUCAAAUGUGCAUCAAACAUAUCCACAUGUCCAAUUUGCAGAGCUGAGAUAAAAUAUACUAUUAAAGCAAUUAUAUCAUAGUAAAGAAUGUUUUAGAUGUGUGAUAAUGAUAUGAGAUGUGCUGGUGGCUGAAGGUGCUGAGGGAGACCAUAUUGAAAAUACUUCAUACCCAAGACUCUUCUAAGAAAUUAGAAAACAUCAUUGUCAAGAAAGUUGUGUUGGAUACAAAAAUAUGUCCACACCUACAGUAAUAAGGAUGAUUUUAGACCAUUUACAUAACAUAAUGUAUCCUAUCUAUCAACCCGGCUGGAAAUAUAUGAAUUUCAAAUCUUAUUAUUCCUAUAAUAAAUACCUUAUAAUUAUUAUUGACGAAAUAUUAUUCCUCUCCCCAGAUAUAAUCUCAGAUGAGGAAAAGUUGUAGUUUAGUUAUA